CUUCGAAGAGUGACCUGGGUUUGUCUGUGUCCGCCGUGUCGAGAGUAAUGAUGCGGGUGUGCUGGUUGGUGAGACAGGAUAACCGGCACCAGCGAAUCAAACUUCCACAUUUGGAAGCAGUCAUGGUUGGGCGUGGUCCAGAGACCAAGAUCGUUGACAAGAAAUGUUCUCGACAACAAGUACAGUUGAAAGCAGAGUGUAACAAAGGAUACGUCAAGGUAAAGCAGGUAGGGGUCAAUCCCACCAGCAUUGACUCAGUCAUAAUUGGGAAGGACCAAGAGGUGAAGCUGCAGCCUGGCCAGGUUCUCCACAUGGUGAAUGAACUUUAUCCAUAUAUUGUAGAAUUUGAGGAAGAGGCAGAGAGCCCUGGCCUGGAAACACCCAGGAAGAGAAAGAGGUCAGGCAGCAGUGAUUCUAUAGAAAGAGAUGCUGCCCAGGAAGCGGAGUCCUGUACAGGACUGGAACCUGGGAGUGAUCCUAGCCAAUCUGCUCUGCCCUCAAAAAAGGGGAAAGAUGUAUCUACCAAAAAGGAAUCAUUGGGCCACUGGAGUCAAGGCUUGAAAAUUUCUAUGCAGGAUCCCAAAAUGCAGGUUUACAAAGAUGAGCAGGUGGUGGUGAUUAAGGAUAAAUAUCCCAAGGCUCGUCACCACUGGCUGGUCUUACCGUGGGCUGCCAUUUCCAGUCUGAAGGUUGUGACCAGGGAACACCUUGAGCUUCUCAAACACAUGCACACUGUGGGGGAAAAGAUGAUCACAGAUUUUGCUGGGUCCAGCAAACUCCGCUUCCGAUUGGGUUACCAUGCCAUUCCCAGCAUGAGCCAUGUACACCUUCAUGUGAUCAGCCAGGAUUUUGAUUCUCCUUGCCUUAAAAACAAAAAACAUUGGAAUUCUUUCAAUACAGAAUACUUCCUAGAAUCACAAGCUGUGAUAGAGAUGGUACAGGACACUGGCAGAGUGAGUGUCCGAGAUGGGAUGCCUGAGCUCUUGAAGCUGCCUCUCCGUUGUCACGAGUGUCAGCAGCUGCUGCCUUCCAUUCCUCAGCUGAAAGAGCAUCUCAGGAGGCAUUGGCCAAAGUGAUUCCAUGGAGCCUGGACUUUUGCAGCAGGAUAAAGGGAAUUCCUUCCUGUUCAAAUCCAACUCCUCACCUUUACCUCAAGUCCAAGAUGGAAGCAUUUGUGUUCUGGGCAGGAGGAUGGAGGAAAAGAUGAAGAAGGGGAUUAAGGACUCACAAAUACUCUCUGAAGAAGUUUCCUGGAAUCUCCUUCAUGACUCUUCUUUUUGUAUUACCAUGGCCAGAAUUCAGCCACAGGCCACAGGUGACCAAACUUUAAGGGAGAUUGUGAAAUAUAACCUUUAUUUUGGGCAAAUCUAUAUCCAACUAAAAAUUUUAUUAGUACAGAAGCAGCACAGAAUGAAAAUCGGAGAUAUCGAACAGUCUCUGCAGUCUCUGCCAAUGUUCUUUUGCACAUGAAAAAAAUUGAGUUGCCUUUCUCUUUCUUAUUUUUUACUUAUAUUGCAAAUAUUUUACAAAUUUAGAUCUUUUAAUCUUUUAAUUUAGUGUAUACUAUCUCAUCAUACAGAGGUUUAAAAUUGUUAUGUCACUGAAACAUGCAUUCCUUUUUUUAAAAAAAAUUCAUUGUUUCUGGAAUUCAUAUUUUGCUUAAAUAGUCCUUCCUUAUCCAUAUGCUCUCAUAUUUUCUUUU